AUGAAUUUCUCCUCUGUGAACUCCACUGCCUCUGGGACUCAGAGCUUCGCUGCGGCCGUCUACAAGAACGUGAUCGUCACGGCGCUCUGCAUCUCCAUCAACUACAUCAACGGCACCCUGAUACACACCUUCAGGAAGCACCAGAUCUUUUACUCCAACCCGCGCUACAUCCUCUUCAUCCACCUGGUGAUGAACGACAUGAUGCAGCUGACCCUCUCCACGCUGCUGCACAUCAUCAGCUACGCCCUGUACAAAAUCAGUGUCUCCUCCUGCCUCCUCUUCCUCCUCCUCGCCAUCCUCGCCACCUUGAACACGCCCCUGAACCUGGCCGGCAUGGCGGUGGAGUGCUACAUCGCCAUCUGCCUCCCGCUGCACCACUGCCGGAUCUGCACCGUCAGGAACACCUUGGCCCUGGUGGCUCUGAUCUGGGCCGUCAGUGCGCUCUCCAUCAUGCCCGACCUCUUCCUGCUGCUGGCCACCGAGCCCCUCAGCUUCUUCCAGUCCAAGGUUCUGUGCGCCCGAGACUUUGUGUUCAGGAGCUCGUACAGCCUGAAGAAGAGGGACGCGUCGCACAUCGUGUGUCUCGUCCUGGUGUGGCUCACGCUGCUCUACACCUACUUCAGGAUCCUGUUUGCAGCUAAAGGAGUGAAGGGGGAUCUGAAGAAGGCCCAAAACACCAUCCUGCUGCACGGCUUCCAGCUGCUGCUCUGCAUGCUGACAUACGUGGGGCCCAUGUUCGAGCAGGCGCUGAUCUACGUACUGCCGCUGCGGCACGGAGACAUUCGCUUCGCCUCGUACGUCUUCAUCCAGAUAAUCCCUCGCUUCGUGAGCCCCAUCGUGUACGGACUGAGGGACCAGAACUUCAGGAGGUACAUGAGGAGAUACCUGCUGUGUUGA